AUGUGGAACUCAUUAUGGCUCCGGACAGAGGUUCUCAUUAGCUUCGCCGUGCUGUUCAUCGCUAUGCUCCUCGUUACAGCACUCCUGUACCACUUCUCUGAAGCGAAUCAGGGGCUGAGUGUCCAAGAUUCAGCUCGACACUAUGCGUGGACCUAUGGACCGACGGCAUUUCUUACCAUCGUCCUUAGCAUGUGGAAUCAGAUGGACUUCGCUGCAAGGAUUCUAGCGCCAUGGAAAGAGCUGAAGGACGGUCCAACAUCGGUCGAAAGGAGUCUGAUGCUCGACUACAUUAUGCCACUCGUUCCUGUCACGCUCUGGAACGCGCUUAAGAGGCGGCACUGGGCUGUCGUAUCUCCCUUACUGGGAUUCUUUCUUUUGGAAUUGACCACUGUUUUCUCUACCGGUCUGCUGGUUUUGCAGCCCACGACGAUGAGGCGAGACAACGUUGCCCUAUCUGCAAUGAGCGAAUUUGAUGGUUCCGACUUUCAUCUCAACCGUACUGACUCCAACAUUGGACCAAAUCCUACCGUGCUUUUCUAUGGCACCCGCUUGCAAGGGCUGGGAUAUCCCACAGGUGUGAGCGGAGACUUGGCCGUCCCCGAUUUUAUACCGCGCGACGCCGGCAGCAUCCCCCCGGGUGCGAACUAUUCGGCCAUUGCACCUGGAGUCCGUGUGGGCCUCGAUUGUGAAUAUCUACCAGGACUCAAUGGGACGAGAACCCACUUGCCUUGGUGGAGUAUACUCGCCUCCUUUUGGGUAGCCAAUAUCACGACCCCGUCAUGCAACCUCACCAAUAUCAUUGUAGCGGAAGGACCAGACCAUAAUAUGUAUCAUCAAGAGAAUGCGACGCAGGCUUACGAGGGCUAUUUUGGCGACUACAUCUGCGACCAGAGCUACGAUUACUCGCUGCCGACUACGGGCCUUCCCAACCCGGCGAAUGCAUCUGCAGAACACCGAAUCAUCAUGUCCAUGGCCGACCUUCGCUUUACACCUUUUGAUCCGAUGAAUAAUGAGCCCGAUCUAAUCUAUAUGAACAAUCUCACGGUCGCCGUGUGCAAACCGUAUUAUACCAUGGGGAAAUACGAGGUCACGUACUUGGAUGCCACAGGCGCCUCAAUGAAAGCCAUGACUGCGAAUUUCGUGUCCAACACGACCUCGGAUAUCCAUGGCUUUGCCUCUGCGAACCUCGGCGCAGCUGUGCAGUACUCUGUGGAGAAGGCGUAUCUUGGUACCGGAGGUCAAGACUGGGUGUUGUCCGUCCAAGUGCCGUCUUUUUAUCAGAUAUUGUCAGCCAUGAACGAUAAUGCCACCAUUGGAGUAUUCAUGGACGCCCAACGUCUUAUUGAAAGCGGUACGGAGGCGUUCAAGGGUAUUGCCACGGAACUCAUCCACGAGUACAUGAUGAAACCAGCCAAUAAUAGUAUCACGGGUUCAUUUCUAUUCAGCGAGAACCGUCUUUGGGUGAGAGCAUUAUCAGUGGGCUUCAUGUGCGCAUUUCUCGCGAUACUUUCUGCUCUCAGUAUUCUCAUGGUUUUCAUUCGACCUGUCAAUGUUGCCCCGCGAGAGCCAGGUUCGAUAGCAGCAACCGCAACCAUUCUCACUGCAAGUCCCGCACUGCAUUCUCUACUCGGGGGUUUGGCUUCUGCUCCGUGGAGCACAAUGCGUAAAACUCUCUCUCCGUUCCAGUUUCGCAGUCGGGUGGCAAGUGAUCUCGACAAGAAUUUCUGUAUCGAGCCCAUCGGCAUCACGGAACAGCAGUUGCCACCGUAUGCUCACGAGGACCACCCGGCGAGUGUGCGACCAUUCAAAUGGUGGACCCCAAUGGCUAUCACAUGGUGGUUUUCGGCCCUUGCUGUCGUUGUCCCAUUACUGGCAGUCGCGGCUCUGGAGGUGAUCCAACACAACUCUGACCAGUAUCAGGGGUUUGUCGACGUCAACCCCGAAGGUUUCGCCGUCACGCAUGGCUUCGCGACAUACGUCCCAGCUGCGGUAGCGUUCUGCGUUGCAGGGUUGUUCGCCAGCAUGCGGUUGUCCGUGAGCAUUCUUGCUCCAUGGAUGGCUCUCAAAAGAGGCAGUGCGACAGCUUCCCAGUCAGUCUUUCUCAGUUUGACGGCGAAAGUGCCACCGCACCGUCUCUUCUUGGCGUUGAAGAGCCGCAACUUUGGUGUUGCUCUUAUCUUGAUUGCCAACUUUGUGGCUGCUUGGCUUCCGAUCAUCGUCUCGGGUCUCUAUGUUGUGACCCCGGUGCCAGACAUUCAGCCCAUUUCAUUGCAGCAAAGCGAUGUCUUCGACUUCAAGCUGAACAACCUUUUCUACAGCGACAACAUGGCAGGAACCAACACAGGUCUUAUUUUGUACAGCAACCUGUCGUAUCCAAGAUGGACGCACGAUGACCUCGCCUUCAACGCUUUACAGGCGACCAACUCCGAGCUAUCCGGUAGCUCUCCCGGAGUUCAAAUGCCUUUUGCCACCCAUAUGAUGGCCACCAGACCUUCUCUAAACUGCACAGCCGUCUCUGCAACAUCGAGGCAAGCCGGCCGUCCAUACUAUGAGAGCACUGACGUGCCAAGCGGCAAAGUUGAGCUGCAAGUUAACACCACAUUGCCAUGGGCUUGCGACCGUGCUGUCAACGUCACCACGGUGCCGUGGCAGCAGUAUUUUCUCUUACCCAACGAUACCACACCUGCCUACUUCGGUACUGCGUCUGUUCUCCGCUGGUCUCCAUCCCGUGUCGAUGGCUAUGGCGCAGUCGACACCGACUUCAACCACAGGCUUGCGACAAGCUACGCCGAGGACUCGGUAGCGAAUUGGGUGGGCGGUUAUGGCUGCCCUUCUCUGGCCGUGACACUGGGAAGAGGCUCUGUAACUCCAUUUCACAAUUCGAAGAACAAGACUUCUUACAAUUAUGACACCGACAUUGCAUCGAUCGUUUGCUAUCAGAAUUUCCAGACUGUGAACACGAGUGUCACACUCUCAUUGCCAUCCAUGACGUUCGAGAAGGACCACCCGCCAGUGCCAGACGAAUCAACCGCUCGGUAUCUACUGAACCAACUCUCCGGCUUCUCCAGUCACAUUUUCGAGUUCCCUAUCAACACGCUCCUCCUCACUUUAACUUCGGCCACCGAAAAUCGCACUGUACCUGGCAUCGAUGGCAACGACCCAGACGCAAAUUAUCUCGACGCCUUCACCACUGUCCUAGCUACUCAGAAACAAAAUGUAACCAUCGACAGUAUCACCGGGAACGCCAAUGUUCCAAAUCUCAUCGACGCCACAAGGAAACUCUACAGCACAUACAUGACCCAAGCCAUCUCAUUCAACAUGCGCUCCACCAGUCUCGACGCCAAAGUCUCGACACCCGACUCCGCAGAAGCUGCAGCCUCCUUUCCCACCCUUCACGGCCUCGUCAGCGUCCCCGGCCGUCUGCGUCUUGUGCAGCAAGCCGGCCCUAAGAUCGCGCUCCAGGCCAUGCUUGCAUUCAUGGUACUGUGCGCCAUUGCGGGCCGACUGCUCCUCAGGGGGGUCGAUGCCGUCGUUCCGUAUAACCCGUGCACCAUCGCUGGCACAGCGGCUUUGCUAACGGAUGGGGAGAUCUGCACGAGCAAGAUUAUACCUCUUGGGUCCGAGUGGAUGAGUGAUGAUGAGUUGAGGGGAAGGGGUGUGUUUGAGGGGUGGAUGUUUAGUUUGGGGUGGUGGCAGAGUGGUGAAGAUGGGUCGAGGUGGAAGUAUGGAGUUGAUAUUGGGUAUAUCGUGGAUUAUGACGGGAAUGGGGUGGCGGCCUAG